AGUUUGUUCUGUGGUAACAAAUUCAUCUUAUUCUAAAUUCAAUCAUUCUUAAGAGAGGCCUAUCGUCAUAAAAGAUAACGAGUCGAUAACCAUGGAGGAGAACAAGCCAGCCGAGCAAUCCAAGAGCGCCCUUAAAAAGGCUGAAAAGGAGGCAAAGAAGGCCGCCGAAAAGGCUGCAAAGGCGGCAAAGCAAUCCACUCUCCCGGUUGUGGGUGGAAAGAAGUCAGACGAUAUCAUUGGAAUCACCACUUCCAAGGCCGAUAACUUUGCGCAAUGGUAUCAAGAAGUCGUGCUCAAGGCCGAGCUGGUCGAGUACUACACCGAAAUUUCGGGGUUCUAUAUCAUGCGCCCUGCGACCAUGUAUAUCUGGAACGUCAUUCGCAAGUGGUUUACCGAGCGCAUCGAGGCUAUGGGUGUUGAGGAGACCAACUUUCCCAUGUUCUUAUCCCAGAAGUCCCUAGAGAAGGAGAAGGACCAUGUUGAAGGUUUCGCCCCCGAACUCGCAUGGGUCACAAAAGCUGGAGAUAAGAACCUCGAGGUUCCAGUCGCAGUUCGCCCUACCUCCGAAGCAGUCAUGUACCCUUACUACGCAAAAUGGAUUCGCAGUCACAGAGAUCUUCCCUUUAGAUUGAACCAAUGGAACUCGGUCGUGCGAUGGGAAGCAAAGCAAACUACCCCUUUCCUAAGAGCACGAGAAUUUUUGUGGCAAGAGGGCCACACUGCACACUUGACCGAAGAGCUUGCUGGAAAGGAGGUCUUGGAGAUCCUGGAACUCUAUGCUGGCGUAUAUGAACAGCUCCUAGCAGUCCCUGUCGUGCGAGGGCGAAAGACUGAGAAUGAGAAGUUUGCUGGUGGAUACUACACGACUACGGUAGAGGGUUAUAUCCCUUCCAACGGACGAGGAAUUCAAGGCGCCACCUCCCAUUGCCUUGGCCAAAACUUCAGCAAGAUGUUUGACAUCACCGUUGAAGACCCGAAUGAGAAGGGAAAGCACAUCAACGUUUGGCAGAACUCGUGGGGUCUGUCAACCCGUGUUAUUGGUGUGAUGGUUAUGAUACACGGUGACGACAAGGGCCUGGUCCUUCCUCCACGAAUUGCCAAGGUUCAGACCGUUCUAAUCCCUGUCGGAAUUACCAAGAGCACUACUCCCGAGGACAAGGCUAAGCACAGCGAAAAGUUCGCUGAUAUUAAGGAGACCCUCAAGAAGGCAGGUGUGCGCGUCGAGGAUGACUUGAGGGAGGGCUACACCCCGGCGUGGAAGUUCAACGACUGGGAGCUGAAAGGUGUCCCUCUCCGUCUAGAAUUUGGACCUAAGGAUGCGGCCAAGGAAGUGGUUAGCUUUGCUCGCCGAGAUACCGGUGAGAAAGGUACCAUCCCUCUUUCCGACCUUUCCACGAAGGUCCCCGAACUCCUCGAAACCAUCCAGAGCGAUAUGUACACCAAGGCGGAGAAGGCUUACAAAGAUCACAUUGUUAUGAUCAACAAGUGGGAUGACGUCGUUCCGGCUCUGGAUGCCAAGAACGUCGUCCUCAUCCCCUUCUGUCUGGACGGCAAGUGUGAGGACCGAAUCAAGGAACUCACGACUGGUCGCACGGAUGAGGACCCCGACACACCGGAAGCGCAGAAAGCUCCAUCGAUGGGAAUGAAGAGCUUGUGCAUCCCCUUCGAGCAGCCGGCAGGCCUAGUUAAGGGUGAGACCAAGUGUCUGAACCCAGAGUGCGAACGGCUAGCUCAAGAGUUCGUCAUGUUCGGGCGAAGCUACUAAGCAAUCUAUUGCGAAAGAAAAAUGCUUCUUAUAUCUCAUCGCGGAGGUGUAUGUGGAGUCGGUUUGGGUAGGUGCGGUUAAGAUAUCACAUGUAGCAGCGACG